UAAUGAGCGUGCCAUUGCUGUACAGUUGUAUCAUUUCGUCAACGAACUUCUGAUAGAAUGAUGACUCCGAUUGCAAUUUUUUACAUUUUCGUGAUUGCGUGGAUUACCAGCGCCAGUACACUUCCAGUUCAAGGAGGGGACUGCAACGAUCAAAUAGGUCUUGCUGUAGAUUUGCGAACAAGUUUCAAAAACUGGUAUGAUGCAAAAGACGAGUGUGAAAAAAAUGGUACAAUACUCAUGCCGUUUCCAUUGAGCAAUGCUUGGAAUCAAAGUCACCUUAAUUCGGCGACCAUGCAGUGCAAGAACUUUACACUUUUUGUCGGAGAGAGAAACGGGUCGGAAUGCCUGACAAUACGGAGAGAUACAAGUGAUAAAUACAUUAAAGAAUGGGUCAGCUGUUACAAUGAAGAAUACUUUCUUUGCAUUGUGAACGAAGCAUCACCCAAUAUCACAGAUACAACAACUGAUUCAGCAGUUACGUCUACCACUACUGAAUCGACUACAUCGGCGACAAAGGGAUCUCAGUCGGGACUAGGGUUGUUAAUCCAACCAGCCUUACUUUACCUAUUGCUGAAAUUGUGAAGACGCGACUGAUGUAAAUGACAGUAAGGAGAAAAUCAAGCUGCUCACAAGCUCACAGAAGAACAAAGCGUGCAACUCACUGCAACCUCUUUUUGAAUUGCUAGUUUCAGAAUACGAUCACGUUCUAUUUCCCCAGUUAUCACAUAAGCGUAUUUGUGAUCGGUUAGGGCAGAGACAACUAAUUCUAAUAAUAAAGAAAACCUGUCAGAUGAAGCCGGGAUCACAAUUUUGGAAACAUAUACAUCACAUUCAGAUUAAUAGAAAUAUUUGAUGAUGAGACUUCGAAUGGCAGAUGGAAUUCAAAGUUGGAAAAGUUCGUGAAGUGGCGCAGACAAAAUAUGUCGUUUUCACUGAAAAAUACCAAGUGGGAGAAACUAAAAAUAAUAAAAUAACCCGGAUUAUAUCAGCACCUUAUUUCUUCUGAACUUUCUUGCCCUCGAUGUGACAUGAAAUUGAAAUAUUAUAUUCAACAAAAUAUGAUCAUCGAAUAACAGCUAGUGAUUGCCUAUAUAUAUUAAAAUGUAAUGCUAAAAUGCCAAGUAUUUAUUUCAGUGCUAUUUUGUAUUUUCACAUAUUGAGGGCGCAAUGACCUAGCUCUUCCAACAUUGUCGUAUAUUUUGUUACCGAAAGUGUUAAAACUCCAGGAUUGGGAACCUGGUAGGAUAGACCAUUAUUAACACAUGCCAGGACAGGCUAUGACGCACCAUACCGAUCCACGUUUUUCUUCCCUGUCUUGAGCAUGAAUCUUUAUGAGAUGUAUGAUUGUAAUCAUUUUUUAGAUAUUUACUGAAUAUCGAUUUCGAAGCCAAAGUUGUAUUUUAGCUUCGUGUAAAUCGUGCAAUAUUUCCGUGUUUCCCGUCAUUGCUACAUUUUAGCAAACGUUCUUAUGAUAAAAGUGAGUCAGCCAGGCUUUGCUCUUGAGGAAAGUAGACAUUUCUCCCAUGUUUAUAAUAAUGUCUGUGUAUGACAUACCUGGUACCCAUAUUCUAACGAAUCAAAAUUUUAUAUAUUAUUAUUUUUUGAGAUAUUGCACUUUUAUUUGCCU